AUGACCGAAAAGGGCUGCUCAGCAAGCAAAUGCAGGAGAAAGAGGACAAAGCCAGGGAAGAGGACAGGGAAGAGGACAAGCACGAGCACGAGCACCAGCACCAGCACCAGCAAGAGCACCAGCAGCAAGAGGACCAGCAACAGCACCAGCAAGAGCACCAGCAAGAGCACCAGCAGCAAGAGCACCAGCACCAGCAACAGCACCAGCAAGAGGACCAGCAAGAGCACCAGCACCAGCAACAGCACCAGCAAGAGCACCAGCACCAGCAAGAGCACCAGCACCAGCAAGAGCACCAGCAAUCGCACCACCAGCAAGAGCACCAGCACCAGCAAGAGCACCAGCACCAGCAAGAGCACCAGCACCAGCAAUCGCACCACCAGCAAGAGCACCAGCAGCAAGAGCACCAGCAAGAGCACCAGCACCAGCAAGAGCACCAGCACCAGCAAGAGCACCAGCAGCAAGAGGACCAGCAAGAGCACCAGCACCAGCAACAGCACCAGCACCAGCAACAGCAACAGCACCAGCACCAGCAAGAGCACCAGCAAGAGCACCAGCAAGAGGACCAGCAAGAGCACCAGCACCAGCACCAGCAAGAGCACCAGCAAGAGCACCAGCACCAGCAAGAGCACCAGCAAUCGCACCACCAGCAAGAGCACCAGCACCAGCAAGAGCACCAGCAGCAAGAGCACCAGCAGCAAGAGCACCAGCACCAGCAAGAGCGCCAGCACCAGCAAGAGCACCAGCACCAGCAAGAGCACCAGCAAGAGCAACUAUCACCGAUGA